GUCCACAUCUGUUUCUCCAACCGAACCCAUUCACGAAAGGGAAGGAAAAGAAAAACAAAGGUGUAUCAUUCCAUUCCUUAUUCUGAACUUUCGCAAACAGAUCGCCCUGUCUAUGCCCAACACGAAAUCAAUCUAAUCGCGGUCUGCUUUCUUUUGCAUUUGGGUCCUCUCCUCCUCCUGCAAGACGCGAAGCCAUUACCAUCUUUCAUCAUAUUCGUACCCUCUAUCUCAAAUCCCUUAAUCAAAGCACUUGAAAUAGAAGAUGGGAGCGUUUAUAUCGAAGUUUUGGUUCAUGUUGUUUCCUGCAAAGGAGUACAAGAUCGUGGUGGUUGGGUUAGAUAAUGCAGGCAAGACGACCACGCUUUACAAAUUACACUUAGGAGAGGUUGUCACUACUCACCCAACUGUUGGCAGCAACGUUGAAGAGCUUGUUUACAAGAACAUUCGAUUUGAGGUCUGGGAUCUUGGCGGACAAGAUAGACUCAGGACAUCGUGGGCAACAUAUUAUUGGGGAACUCAUGCUGUCAUUGUGGUGAUAGAUAGUACGGAUAGAGCCAGAAUCUCGAUUAUGAAAGAUGAACUUUUCCGAUUGCUCGGACACGAGGAUCUGCAAGAUUCUGUUAUACUUGUCUUUGCAAAUAAACAAGACCUCAAAGAUGCCAUGACCCCAGCUGAGAUCACCGAUGCUUUCUCUCUUCACAGCAUAAAGAAUCAUGAUUGGCACAUCCAAGCAUGCUGUGCUCUUACAGGUGAAGGUCUGUAUGAUGGCCUAGGGUGGAUUGCCCAGCGAGUUACUGGCAAGGCACCAAGUUGAAGAUAAAGGGAGCAAUUUGAAAAGAAGUUUCAUUUUUCAAAUAGUAAUGGAUUUGAAAGAUGAUUAAAACAAAAUUAUCAGUGUACUAUCAAACUGUACUCAUCACCAUUGCUGUAGAUUGUUCCUUAAAUUUGAAUUGAUAUGAAGAAUUUGUCGUGUUGCACAA